AAUCAAAGGGAUUGUUGAGGGAGAUAAGAUCAUUAAUUUCGCAGCGGGAAUAAAUAUAGAUGUGUGUAUGUUUUUUGAGAUAAUUAGUGCUGUGUAUGUUUCGCUGUGUUUAGUUGAUAGAUAUUCGCACAGUUAAUAUUCGGUGGCUUAGAUCCUAAAAGAUGUCGCCAAAUCCACCAGACUACUCCAUAAAGGAUCUGGAAACAAUUGUAACAGUAGACGGUACGGUAAAAAAUAUCGAAGUCACUCGACUCACAGCACCUGGGGAAAACUAUGUAAGCUUAGUGUUGCGCGUGGAUAUCGACGUGGAAAAAGAUGGCAAGAAGAAAACUGUGAAAACUAUAGGAAAGCGCCUGCCGCUGGGAAAUAAUGAAAUGAGAAGCAAAAUGGCAGCACACGCCAUGAAAAAUGAAAUUAAAUUUUACAGGGAAAUUGUACCGUUGCUAACAGAAUUCGCCUCAACAUACGAAGUCGAUGCUUCGGAGUUUUUUGCAAAAUACUACGGUUCUAGGUUUAGUUUAGAUGAUUCCAGCGAGGAUGCCGAUAGAGACUCUAUUUUAUUAUUGGAAAAUAUAAUUCCGCUAGGUUACAAGAAUGAGGACAGACAUAUUGGAUUUGAUUUAGAUACCAGCAAAGCCAUUCUAAAAAGGCUUGCUUUAUUCCAUUCCAUUCCUAUAGCAUUAAGAAGUAAAGACGCUGAAAAUUUUAAAAUUCUUAAAGAUUUCUUGGUUAGUUGCCGCCCAUUUGGGCCACCUGGUGGUGGUCCCCCUGGAGACGGUCCCCCAGGAGGUCCUCAUAAAGGACCAUCAGAAAAUGGUCCUGAAUUUCCAUCUGGUGGACCACCAAAUGGACCACCCCGUGGUGGACCACCUGGCGGCUUUAAUUUUCCCGAUGGAAAACACCCUCAUCAAGUUCUACUGAAAACAUUAAAAGAUAUUCCCGAAUUGUCACCUUAUAUAGAUAGACUAAGUCCAUUAAUGGGGAAAAUGGGACCUCCAGGAGCUGGUAAACCGGGUACUGAGCCAUGGGGAACGUUUGCACAUAACGAUUUUUGGGUAAACAAUAUGAUGAUUAAAUCUGAACCGGGAAAGGAAAUUUCAGUGAAGCUAGUCGAUUUCCAAAUCUGCGGAUAUAGAUCUUUUGCCACCGACUUAGUAUUCUUUUUGUUGACGAGUUUGAAGAAUGACGUCUUUUUAAACAACUUUGAUGAACUUUUGAGAUUUUAUUACGGCGAGUUUACCAAAAAUCUGAAACGAUUUGAACUGGACUUAGAACUGAGCUACGACGAAUACUUGAAAGAAGUAGAGGAAGCUGCAAGGGAUAGCGAAAUACCACAUUCGAUCUUCUUUGCCAUCCCAAUUCUAGCAGACAAGAAUCCUGCCGUAGAUAUAGCAGUGGAAGAUGUCGACAUGUUCAGUGAAUUAACAAGAAUGGUAGAAAAUCUCAACCAGCGUCAAAAAGACAAAAUGGUUCUCCUUAUAAAGGAGGCGAGCAAACGAAACUGGAUUUAAAAAUAUUAAAAAGAAUUUAAAUAUUAUAAAUAAAGAAAACGAACUUUUUUUAAAGUAAUUUAUUAAAGUUUAAUAAUAAAGUUUUAUAUAUAUGU